AUGGUGAUCGUGCUCCUUACGGCGCUCGUCGUCUUCCUCAUUCUCUUCCGCCGUCGGGACGACGCCAGCGACAUGCAGCAUGACGUCGACGUGGUCGCCUUCGAUACCGAGGCGUCCGACAUCUACCGUGAGAACCUCGCCGACAGCUUUAGCGACCACAACCUCUGGGACUGCAGCGUCUGCUCGUUCCACAACCACCCCGCCAAGCGCCGCUGCGACCUCUGCCAGACGCCGCGCGGGAUUGACCAGGGUACGUUCAAGCUCCUCCAGCAGCUUCAUCAGCGCGAUCUCAAAGACCAUGGCCGCAUAUCCAAACUCCAGAUCGCAGCAAGCCGGCGCAAGCAGUGGAAGCGCAUGCCGGGCGCCGACGGCCUCCACCGCUGGAGCUCCACGUCCGUGCACUCGAUCGGCUAUAUUCGCGUCCGCGACUCGACGGGCAAGCUCGUCCUGAACGAAUCCGACACGGUCGCAACCGACUUCCACUACAAGAUCAACAUGGCGGGCACCGAUGUGGUCAUGAACCUCGAGGAGCUCACGAUGCUGCCGUUUGCGCAAAAGAUCAAGUGGUUCUCGACCGAGAUUCACCGUCUCUGGUUUCCAUGGGAGUCGGGCCACGUCGACAUUGUGGUCCGACGCGAUAGUGUCCUCGCCGACUCGUUUGACCACAUCAUGCUCCUCAAGCCGCACCAGAUGCGGCAGCGCUGGCGGGUGUCGUUCGUUGGCGAACCUGCCCUCGACGCCGGUGGCGUCCUCCGCGAGUGGCUCACGCUCCUCUGCGCCGAGCUCUUCCACCCGUCGCUGGGCCUCUUUGUCCCGACCGUCGGCGACGACACGAGCUACUGGGUCCACGCGGGCUCGGGCUUUAGCCAGCCCAACCACCUCGACUACUUUUCCUUUGCGGGACGCAUUCUCGGGAAAGCGCUCCUCGAAGAACAGCUCAUUCAAGUGCACCUGGCACUGCCGCUGCUCAAGCACAUGCUUGGCGUGCCCAUCUCGUUCACGGACCUCCAGUUCCUCGACGACGAGCUCUACCGCAGUCUUCUGUGGCUCAAGCGCGCAACCGACGCCGACGCGAUCGCCGCGCUGUGCCUCGACUUUACCGUGACGCGCAAGGUCUCGAACGGGAUUCAAGUCGUGCCGCUGGCACCCAACGGCGACGCGAUCGAUGUGACGCCUGUGAACAAGGCGGCGUACAUCGACCUCCUCUUCCAGUACCACAUGCUUGACAGCGUCUCGAUCCAGCUGCUCACGUUGCUCGCAUCGCUCUACUCGGUCGUGCCCGAAGGUCUCCUCAAGCUCUUUGACUACCAAGAACUGGAGCUCCUCCUCUGCGGGGUGCCGUCCAUUGAUACGGAAGACUGGCAACGGCACUCGGAAGUCAAGUACGUGACGCCGCUCGUGCCGACGGAAAUCGAGCUGCGGAAUUGCCGGUGGUUUUGGGCCAUUGUCAACAACAUGGCACCGCAAGAGCAAGCGCGACUGCUGCAGUUUGUGACCGGCAGCUCCCGCGUGCCCGCGCAGGGGUUCAAGGCGCUCAUUAGCAGCGACGGCCGCGUCCAGCCGUUCAACCUGUCCUUCUGCGGCCCCGAGAUUGGGAAUCUGUACCCGCGAGCGCACACGUGCUUUAACCGUCUCGACUUGCCCGUCUACGAGACCAAGGACGAGAUGACCAAGUACCUCACGCUGAUUGUCAACAUGGACAUCACCGGCUUCACGAUCGAGUAA